GGCUGGCUGCUGUCACUGGAAGGCAGUGAGUGCUCCAGUGAAAACGGGACGGGGGAGAGUCCUCCUCCACAGCAGCAUGGACGGCUGCCCGCCAUAGUUCCCCCCCCCCUCCUGCAACCGUUAGCCCACGGAGGCUUCACGUUCACCUCUCCGCUUCCCACGAACCGUGCGUUCUCGCGUGUUUUUUAUUGUUUUUUUUUUCCUCCCCCUCCAACGCUACAACAAGCCGCGAUGGACCGAGUGAAAAGCUCCAUGCAGCAAGUCCCCAACGCCAUCCCCAAAGUGAUCCGACGGACCGGAGGGGCCAACAGCCUGGAGCUGGAGAGGGAAAACUUUGAGAGAGGCCAGGCUGUCAGCAUCAACAAGGCUAUCAACACACAGGAGGUCGCUGUCAAAGAGAAACAUGCCAGGACCUGCAUCCUGGGGACCCAUCAUGAGAAGGGCGCCCACACCUUCUGGGCCGCCGUCAACCGGCUUCCUCUCUCCAGCAACGCGGUGCUCUGCUGGAAGUUCUGCCACGUCUUCCACAAGCUGCUGCGGGACGGACACCCCAACGUGAUAAAGGACUCCAUGAGGAACAAGGCAGAUCUGGCCGAUAUGAGCAGGAUGUGGGGUCAUCUGAGCGAAGGAUACGGGAAGCUGUGCAGCAUCUACCUCAAACUGCUCAUCACCAAAAUGGAGUUUCACAUUAAAAACCCUCGUUUCCCCGGGAACCUGCAGAUGUCGAACCGGCAGCUCGACGAGGCGGGAGAGAACGACGUCAACAACUUCUUCCAGCUCACGGUGGAGAUGUUCGACUACCUGGAGUGUGAGCUCAACCUCUUCCUCGGCGUGUUCAACUCCCUGGACAUGUCCCGGUCCGUGUCGGUGACGGCGGCCGGCCAGUGUCGCUUGGCUCCCCUCAUCCAGGUCAUCCUGGACUGCAGCCACCUGUACGACUACACCGUCAAGCUGCUCUUCAAGCUGCACUCCUGCCUUCCAGCCGACACCCUCCAGGGCCACAGAGAUCGCUUCCAGGAGCAGUUCAAGAAGCUAAAGAGCCUCUUCUACCGCUCCAGUAACCUGCAGUAUUUCAAGAGGCUGAUUCAGAUCCCACAGCUGCCUGAGAACCCGCCCAACUUCCUGCGUGCGUCGGCGCUGUCGGAGCACAUCAGCCCCGUGGUGGUGAUUCCCGCCGAGUCGUCUUCACCCGAGUCGGAACACGUGGUGGAGACGGACGACCUGGUGGACACGGACGUCCCCUCCCUGCCGGCCCCGCCAGAGGUCAAGUUUGACGACUUGUUUGGCACGUCUGCCGCCAUCGACCCGUUCAACUUCAACAGCCAGAACGGCAUGCGCAAGGACGACAAAGACCGGCUGAUCGAGCAGCUGACGAGGGAGAUCCAGGCUCUCAAGGAGGAGCUGGAGUCUUUCAGACUGGAGAGCGGCCGGCUGUGUCAGGCUCUGAGGGGCCGCGUCAGCGAGCUGGAGGCAGAGCUCGCCGAGCAGAGCCACCUGAGGCUGCAGGCCGUCGGCGAGAGCGAGUUCCUCAAGGCGGAGCUGGACGACCUGCGGAGGGCCAGGGAGGACACGGAGAAGGAGCAGCGGAGCCUGACGGAGAUCGAGAAAAAGGCCCAGGCCAACGAGCAGCGCUACACCAAGCUGAAGGAGAAAUACACAGAGCUGGUCCAGAGUCACGCGGACCUGCUGAGGAAGAACGCAGAGGUGACCCGGCAGAUGACCGUGGCCCGGGCGGCUCAGGACGAGGUGGAGGCAGUCAGGAGGGAGAUGCAGGAGAAGGUGAAGAGCGCGCAGGAGGCUUCGGACAGGCAGGAGAGGGAGCAGGUCAAGCAGCUUCAGGAGCUGCAGAGAGAGCUGCUCUCCACCCAGGCAGAACUGGACUCCCUGAAGACCAGCGUGGCUUCGUCUCAGCAGAGCUCGAGCGAAGUGCUCAGCACACAGCUGGUCGCCCUGGAGUCUGAGAAAGCGGAGCUGGUGCAGACCCUGUCCAAGGUGGAGGCGGAGCUUGCGCUUCAGGGGGAGGAGCUCCAGCGAGUCCAGAACUCGCUCAGCACCGAAAGGGAAAGCGGCGUGAAGACGGCGGAGGCCCUGCAGAAUCAGCUCAACGAGAAGGAGAGCAGGGAGCAGGCUUUGGAGGGUCAGCUGGUCUCAGCCCGCUGGUCCAUCCUGCAGGGAGCGGUGGAGGAGGCGGAGAAGAUCGUCCAGGACUCGUUGGCUCAGAUAGACGACCCGGCGCACAUCAGCUGCACCAGCUCUGCAGAAUAUCUUGCAUCUAGAUGCCAAGCCUCUUUAGACUCCAUGGACCACCUGCAGAGCACCAGAGAGGCCUUCCUGGCUGACAACACAGCUGUUUUGGAGCUGGUACGAGCGGUGACCCAGUGUGGCCACCUGGUGGGCGACACCAUCAUUCAGGGCAGUGCCACCUCCCACAUGGUGCCUGUGGAGCAAGCAGACGCGCUGUCUGAGAGCGUGAAGGCGUGCGGAUCGGAGGCCCUGGCUCUGCUGGGGCAGAUGAAGCAGCGGGACAGCCUGGCUGCUGCAGACAGCGACAGGCUGAGGGCCGCCCUGGAGGCCAUCCUGGCCACUGCAGAGAAGCUGCGCCCGCGGGGUUUGGAGCUGCAGCAGGGGGAGCUGGGGGAUCUGGUGGAGCAGGAGAUGGCUGCCACGUCCGCCGCCGUGGAGUCGGCCGCCGCCAGGAUAGAGGAAAUGCUGAACAAGUCCCGAGCGGUCGAUACAGGAAUCAAGAUGGAGGUCAACGAGAGGAUCCUGGCCUCCUGCACGGAGCUGAUGCAGGCCAUCAAGGAGCUGGUUUUGUCUUCCAAAGAUCUGCAAAGGGACAUCGUGGAGAGCGGAAGGGGGGCAGCCUCCAUGAAGGAAUUUUAUGCGAAGAACUCCCGCUGGACAGAGGGCCUGAUCUCUGCCUCCAAGGCUGUGGGAUGGGGCGCCACGGUCAUGGUGGAUGCCGCCGACAUGGUGGUGCAGGGGAAAGGGAAGUUUGAGGAGCUGAUGGUGUGCUCACAUGAAAUAGCUGCUAGCACGGCACAGCUAGUGGCUGCUUCCAAGGUAAAAGCAGAUAAAGACAGCUCUAACCUGCACCGUCUGCAGCAGGCGUCCCGCGGCGUCACUCAGGCCACCGCCGCUGUUGUGGCCUCCACCAAGUCGGGGAAAUCCCAGAUUGAAGACACGGAAACGAUGGACUUCUCCAGCAUGACUCUGACCCAGAUCAAGCGACAGGAGAUGGACGCACAGGUUAUGGUUCUGGAGCUGGAGACCCGUCUGCAGAAGGAGCGGGAGCGCCUUGGCGAGCUGAGGAAGAAGCAUUACCAGCUGGCCGGUGUAGCGGAGGGCUGGGGCGAGGAAGAGGAAGCCACGGGAUGAAACCCUCCUCCUCCUCCUCCUCCACCCCUGGACCCGCUUCUCUCUCCCUCCUUUUAUUUAUAGACACACUUUUCUGUCUUUUUUUCUCACAUUUAUCUGCGCGUUGUAUACAAGCCAAAUGAAAAGGUGCUUCUUCUUUUUUUCUGGAUCCCUUCACCUCUACGUACACGCCUGCACACUUUUCCCACGCUGAGCCCUGCGACAGGUUUAGCAGCAGCAGGUGGAGUCAGGAUGGAGGAGCGCCUUGAGCGUGCUGCUUCUGGACCGCCGCUGCGACGUGUCGGCCCCGUUUUAACGACCGCACCCGGUAGAGGAGUCACAGAGGAGAUGACACGAGCACAACGGGUCUGAACCUCUUAGGGGGGGUCUGGAAGCGGAACGGUGGCUCCCUCCUGUCCAAACCGUGUGUCCCAGCGUAGCUCCGCUGCUGAUUGGUCCCGCGUCCCGAUCUGAUUCCGCCGGAUUGGCUGCCUCCAGCCGGUCCCGCUCCAAGUUUCUUCCUGUUCUGCUCUCACUGUGAGUUUAUCACCUUUUUUAAGUCCGUACGGCGGAGAGCCGGCCCGCGGACUUUCUGCCUUUCACGUCCUCACCGUUGUAACGACCGUGACUGUUAAGCUGAAGCAAAACUCUCACCCUUCCGCUUCAUUUUCUUCCUUUUUUUUUACUUGUCAGCAUUAUGAGGGUUGGGUUUUGCCCGGGCGAGCACAAAACACUAACAACACAAGCGUUGGUUACUUCUUCUUUUUCCUUGCCAUUUAUUUAUAAAGCAGAGUUUGAUAUUUCCUUCACAUCCGACGCACUGGGUUCAGAUCUGGGAUCCAAUCACGAAUCCGUUCUGCAGGAACUUUCCGAUCAUUUCAGAGGAAUUUAGACACGAGAACGAAGCGUCUGGUUUUUUUAUUUUUAUUUUUUUUUAUUUUAUUACUGCCUGAGAAUUCAAGGCACCCCCACAGCACAAAGGUUUCAUCACCAGACCUUCUGGACCCGAUCCCAGUGGAUCCAUUGGUCCCUAAAGACCACGUAGCUGUCGUUGCAUAAACUGCGAGCCGCCUGUUGUUGCAGAGAACCACUUUGUUGCAUCUUUCCACGUAAAGAUUGGGCGCGCCUGAAUGCCACGCGUCUUUUACUCCCAUACGUUUCCCCGCUCAGACGGAUGGAGUGGACUCCCCAGGACGAGCAGGAUUUCUGUCUUCUCUUUUUUUUUUUGUCUCCUCCUCUUUUCCAGCCAACACCUUUUAAACCUUCUCCCCCGUGUGUUGAUGCCGACAACGACUCUGUGUCUUAACGCGCAGCCUCACCUGUGUGGUUGACGCUGUAUUUUCUUGUUGUUCUCUGUAACGGACGCUGCUUAAUUAGAACCAGCUCGUUUUUUUGUUUAUUUGUUUUUCUUUCCCCUCCAUAUAAAGAGAAAACGGGCGAGGUAGUCCGAAUCAAAGUAGAUCCAUUUCUAUUCCCAUCUGCUGCUCCAGCCAGGUUUAAAGCAAGCAUCCUUCACUGUACUGUUACUUGCAGGUUGUUGUAUUUAAUCACAAAUUUAGCUGAUUUACGUGGAGAAACUGUUAGCUGGUAUAAUUUAAAACACAAUAUAGCUCGUAUAAGAGGCCGGACAUCUCCUUACAGAGGGAUCUCAAGUGUCUUGAAGGGUAAAGUGCACACAAUUUGAGUGACGUAUUGGUUUUCUCCCUUUUAUUUCUUUGCUGAGAUGAUUUUUAUUAACCGGUUUUAUUUAAUUUUCUUCCUUCGGUCUCUUUCGGGUUUGUGUCUGUAGUUCCACCAGCUCGGCCAGCCUUUUUAAACUGCCUCAUACUGUAGUCGGAGACAGAUAACUCACAUAGCAACGUUGAAAUACGUCUUUGUAUGAUAUUAUACUAAACCAAUGUUGGUUGGGUGUGUUUUUAUUUUUCCAGUUUUUGAAAUAAAUACUUUGAUUCAUUA